AUGUCAUAUCAAAGUAUCAUUAAUGCACACAACCCAAUUCGUGGCUCAAAUCAUAAAUGUAGUCUACGUGCAAGUGCUCGACUUGGAAAAGCAGCACAAAGUCAUGCUAAUUGGAUGGCUCAAACACAAAGAAUGUCUCACGAAGAAAAUGUACAAGGACGAGUACAUGUAGGUGAUCGUGUUCAUAAAGCUGGAUACAACUAUCAAGCAGUAGCAGAAAAUAUUGCAUUUACUAGUGGACAAAAUAAUUCAGUUCCAAAAGUUAUGAAUAUGUGGAUGAAUAGUCCGGGUCAUCGAGAAAACAUUUUAAAUGGAAAUUAUAAUCAAAUUGGUGCAGCUGUUGCUCGUGCAUCUGAUGGAUCUCUCUACUGGUGUGUUGUUUUUGGUCGAAGAUAG